AUGGCGACCAUGUUAUGACUUGGUGAGUGUCGUCAAAACGUCAAAAGUUCGUGCUGUACCAAAUCAUUGACCAAAACAGCAGUGCAAAGCCGUGGUGUGUGACUUAGGUCCCACCUAGAAUACCACUUCUUUUUAACAUACAAGAGAAUGAUUACAUAUUACAGUGACACAAAAAUAAAAUAGUUAUCCCGUUAGGUUGUUUCUGUUCUCGUAAAGUUGAUAACAGUUUCGACCACGAAGUAUGAAGGUUUUGCCAAAGCCAAAGCCCAAAGGCCAAAGCCCAAUCAGAUCCGAGCCAACUCUAGCACAGGCCCAAGCCCAACUUGCUCCAUUGACGGAACAGUAUUCAAGACUAUUGUUAGAAAAAAAAAUGGAACUGGCGAUGGACAGUAAACAAGUUAAAUUGUUCUACUGGGAUCAACACUACAUUGCUGGCUCAUUUACUGGCACCUGUAAAACUUCAGCUUAGCUCAGUGAGCAAGUCCUUAUCCGGUCUGUUGGAAGUCUCGCGUCUGCUGGGUCAUCAUCAGCUACCGCAGUCGGAAAGGGCGAUGCUCCAGCCGUAGUUUUAAUUAGCCAACUUUUGCCGGAAGCCGUACGAUGACCCACAAUUCUAUAUCAGCUGCGAUUGCCGUGGGGAUUGAUUUCAUGGUCGAUGUAUUGCGUUAUGCAAUCGGAAUUCAAGCCGAUCUACGAGUACACGUGUGCCUCAAACGUGAGCCUUCAACUAUGACAACACGAGAUCGAUUAAGACUCACGAUUACGAUGAAAUACACAAGCUUCUACGGCAGUUGCAGUGCCAUGAGACCCCGGGUGUUCCCCGAGUCUGCCGAUGUAAAGCAAGUCGCCGACUGUUAUCAGAACAUCAAGAUCCCACAUUGGCGACAUCAUCAAGAUUUCACAUUUUAUCUAAUACGAUAAUUGUAUAAGUACCAGAUACAGAGAGACGAUGAGAAUUCAGCUGUAUAGAACGGACUUCCAAUGUUUAAUCGACCGCAUAAUAAUCCUAAUGAGAAAAUAGUGGACACAGGAAGUGAAUUCGUGAACCAAGAAAAUACGAGUUUAAGUAAACCGCAAAUAGGUCUUUACUUGUAUCAUCUGCAGUAUAUAAACAUCAACGAUUCCGUAGCAUAAUCUACAGUCUCUAUACCAACGUUCGCCAAACCAGUUUGAGUUCAUAAUAGUAUAGAAAACAAAAGAAUUUUCGUAUAUUAAGAUGCGUUUCGUUGUAUCUUUAUUAACUCUUUGCAUUGUUGUUGUCAAAGGAAAGGCUCAAUAUCAGCCUUACUAUGAUGACAGUUUUUAUCAAUAUCCAAGCUAUCCAGUAGCAGAAGGUCGAACCCCAAACCCUGGUUACGAGAAUCGCUUUUUACCGGGAUUUUUAUAUGGAUAUACAUCGACGACAGUAGCAACAACAACAACGACUACUACCUGUACGGUUUACACUAAUGUUGCCUGCCUUGCAACCGGUCGCCGUCGAAGGUUUCUAGAAGACGAUGAUGAUAUCGUCGAUCCUUCUCCUGUAAUCAAGGUUGAAACUACUGAACUUGCGGAGAUGGAUGUCAACAGGAAGGAACGCAAACCAAAUCCUCAAGAGCCGUUCGAGCGUGAAUCUGAUUAUCCGUAUUACGAGCUACGCUCAACAAUCGGCCAACGCAUUACUCCUAACAGUUACAAUCCUUACAUUCGUCGUCCAGUAAUUGCAGCCGAUCCAAGAUUUUUAAUCUAUACUAUUGGUUUCAUCACGACAACAACUACAUCUACCUCGACUGUAACUUCCAGGUCGACACCAGUUUGUUCGUCGGGCAGCGGUUUCAAUCAGUGUUAAAAUGCGCAUUCUAACAUGUUUGCUGACUUUAAAUAUUAUGUGUGAUUAUUUUUCCAUUACUUACUUAUGACGAAAGUGUUAAGGCGAUAGCACGUAUAACAAUUCUCAAGAGUUAAAAAAAUCGAAUGGAUAAUUUUUUGUGCUCAGAGAUUGCAUGGAAAUAUACACAGCACUUAUAAUA